AUGAAGUACCUCUCUGCUCUCGCUUUGGCUUUUGCCGCCUUCAUCUCCGUCGCCUCGGCUGGUCCCGAAGGUUUGGUUGCUAUCCCUCCUGGUCAAGGUCGAUCCAGCCGUGGUGUUCGUUCCGUCAUCACCGGUCACAAGAUUCGAUCCCACGUUCACCACUCGCGCAGGCAGCACCACCAUGUCGACCUCGUUCACAUGGACCGUAGGCUCAACAACGCUACCACCAACGCUGACGACGACGAGGUUGCCGCCAUCGCCGCCUCUCACAACAAGCGCAACACUUGCUCUACCAAGACCAAAAAGACCUCCGCCGCUUACAAGGCUAAGGGUAGUAACUCCAACUCCAGCUCUGGUUCAAGCUCCAACUCCAACUCCAACUCGAACGGCGACGAUUCCAGCUCUGGUUCGUCUAGCUCCAGCUCUAGCUCCGGCAACGGCGGCAACUCGGGCUCCAGCUCGUCGUCGUCUUCCUCCUCCUCCAACUCCCCCUCCUCCUCCAACUCCUCCUCCUCCAACUCCAACUCUGGCAACGGUUCUUCCUCCAGUUCCUCGUCUUCGUCUGCUUCAUCUUCCGCCUCCACUUCCAAGUGGAAGUUGGUCAAGUCGUACGCCGGCUCCUCCUUCUUUGACGACAUGGACUUCUUCACCAGCGCUGACCCCACCCACGGCUCCAUCACCUACGUCGGCAAGGACCAGGCCUAUAAUCAGGGUCUCAUUAAUAGCAACAACGGCAAGGCUACCAUGAAGAUCACCGCAAACAACGGCUGGGCCCAGUCCGUCCGUAUCAACACCAAGGACUCCUUCACCACCGGUAUCUUUGUCCUCGAUGCCGAGCACAUGCCCGUUGGAUGUGGUGUCUGGCCCGCUUGGUGGUCCACCCCCACUAACCCUUCUGGUGGCUGGCCCAACGGAGGUGAGAUCGACAUCAUCGAGGGUGUUAACGACUACUCGUACAACACCUACUCGGUCCACACCACUGGCGGUUGCACUGUCCCCAGCAAGCCCAACAUGUCUGGCAAGUUCACCCUCCAGGACAACCGUGCCUACAACUGUGCUUCCGACGCUACCGGCAACCAGGGUUGCGGUGUCACAUCCACCAAGGGUAACGACUUUGGUGUUAGCUACAACAAGAACGGCGGUGGCGUCCACGUCAUGUACUGGUCUGAGUCCGAUGGUAUCUCGAUCUACUUCUUCAGCAAGGGCAACGUUCCUGACGACAUCAGCUCUGGCUCUCCUGACCCGUCCAACUGGGGUCAGCCCCAAGCACACUGGCCCGCUACUCAGUGCAACAUUGGCAACUACUUCUACAACCACGUCGUCGUUUUCACCAACACUGUCUGCGGUGACUGGGCCGGUUCCGGCUCCGUCUGGGGCAACGCCAUGAACGGCCAAUCCCAGUCUUGCCAGGCUAUGACCGGUCAAGGUUCCUGCCAGGCUUACCUUGGCAACAACCCAGACAUGAGCGAUGCCUACUGGACCAUCAACUCGCUCAAGAUCUACCAGACCUCUCGUCGAUCUUAA